UUUUGGGCCACACUAGUUGCCGUAGUGACGUCAGCUUAUAGAAAUCGUCAGUGUCAAGAUGGCUACGGAACCAAAUAAGACCGAAAUCCUUACCAUUUUCAAAAGAUUAAGAUCUGUUCCUACCAACAAGGUAUGUUUUGACUGUGCUGCCAAAAACCCCAGUUGGGCAAGUAUUCCAUAUGGUGUCUUCUUGUGCAUCGACUGCUCUGGCAUCCACCGCUCACUGGGAGUGCAUCUCAGUUUCAUCAGAUCCACUGAGUUAGACUCCAACUGGAACUGGUUUCAACUUAGGUGUAUGCAGGUUGGAGGUAACGCCAAUGCGACGGCAUUCUUCCGCCAGCAUGGCUGCUCCACAAACGACACCAAUGCCAAGUAUAACAGUCGUGCUGCCCAGAUGUACAGAGAGAAGAUUCGACAGCUAGCAAAUGCUGCAUUGUCUAAAUAUGGCACAGACCUUUGGAUUGACUCGUCUUCAGGAGGCACGCCUGCAGCUUCUGACAAGAAAGAAACAGACUUUUUUGAUGAACACACCCAGCCUAUUAAUGACUGGAACGUUGCACCAUCCUCUGAGCCAGAGCAGAACGGAGCCACUCUCACCCAGCAGCUGACGAACACAGCUGCUAAAGGCCAGGAUGACACCCAGCCAGAGGAAGGACCCAGCAUUGAUGGUUUGAGCACAUCACCCAAAGCUGCCAUUGAGGACUCCAUGCGUUUGUCAUCACGUGAAGGAUGGACACCUCAAGAUCUGAAACCUUCUAUCAUUGGGAAAAAGAAGCCCAUGGCAGCUAAAAAAGGGCUCGGUGCAAAGAAAGGUCUCGGUGCCCAGAAGGUGAGCAAUAAGAGUUUCUCAGAGGUGGAGAAGCAGGCACAAGUGGCUGAGAAGCUGAGAGAGGAGCAGGCCGUGGAGGCUCAGAAACAAGCCGAGGAAUCCAUUGUUGCCUCGAUGCGUUUGGCCUACAAAGAGCUGGAAAUUGACAGAAAGAUGGAGGAAAAGAAGCUCCAGAAUCUGCAAGGCAAGAAAAAAGAGCAGGCUGAGAGACUGGGCAUGGGUUUCGGCAACAGGAGUGCCGUGUCACAUUCAGUGAUGUCAGAGAUGCAGGUCAUCGAGCAGGAAACGCCCGUGGGAGCAAAGUCCUCUUCUCGCUCCAAACUGGAAAUGUUUGAUGAGCCUGGUUUCACCUCUGGACCUCCAAAAUACAAAGACAACCCAUUUACAGUGGGAGACAGUUUUGGAUCCCGUUGGGAUACUGAAGGAGGAACUGCCUCUUUCACCACCUCCUGGGCACUGGAGAAAGAUGACCCCAAGGAGGAGGUCACCAUCUCUAGUAUCCAACCAACUGGAGAGCGACUCCCCAGCAGAAGAAAAGCCGACGUCUCAGCUUCAGUUUCCGAGUCAAGUGAGGCCAGGCAGAAGUUUGCCAAUGCAAAGGCCAUCUCCUCAGACAUGUUCUUUGGUCGGGAGAGUAGUGCUGAGUAUGAUGCAAAGACGAGGCUGGAGAGCAUGUCUGGAAGCACUUCCAUCAGUUCAGCUGACCUGUUCGGAGAUGGCAGUGACCACAAAGGAAGAGCCUCAGGCUUUGACAGCGUGCUUCCCUCUGGCUCGGACAUCGCUCAGUUCAAACAGGGAGUCAAGACCGUUGCGGGAAAGAUGGCUGUCCUCGCCAAUGGUGUCAUGAACACGAUCCAGGACCGCUACGGCUCCUACUGAGCAGCAUCGACCGGUGGACUAACACCUGUGUGGAGCCAGACAGCCUCUUGACUGACACGUGCAUUUGGACGGAGAAGAUGGGACGAGACAUGGACAGCAGAAAGUAUUGCAUGGGAAAAGAAAUGUCCGUCACGUCCGUCCUCCAUUAUUGACAGUUUGAGACAGUGUUUUCUUCUCUCAUUCUCAUUAGCAGACUCUUUAAGUUUCCAUGAGCAAAGCUGAGCGUCACAGGUUGUAUUCUUUUCUAAACCAGAGUUUUGUUGUAAUUUACUGUUUGGAAUACUUUGGUCUUAGAUUUUCAAAAUGAUGCCAGAGUUCAUUCUGCUUUAUUUUAUUCCUUUGCAAAAGUUUAUUUCCAUUCAUAUAAUCAAAUAUGUCAUGCUAGUUUUUGUUUUAUUGUGAGAUUUAAAAAAGAGGCAGUGUAUAUUUUAGUGUUAUUUGAACAACAAUCCCAAACAGUGCUGCUCACUUACUGUGGCACUUGUCCACAGUUUGUUUUCUUCGUAAAGCACUGACUGAUUUUCAACUCUUUGAGAGGAAUUAUGCGUUUCUGUCUGCGUGAAACAUGGAAGCAUCACAUUUUUGAUGUGCAAGUUGCUAUGGUUACAUGCUGUGUUUGAAUUAGAUUGUGCAGCAGUAAAUCCAUCAUUCCCUAUAACAAACUUCCAGCGUGCAAUACUGGGAAUUAGGGAGGGUUAAAUCCAACUCCAAUAGGCACUGCAGACAGAAUAUGCUGUCCCAGCUCAAAACUAUAAUACUGUAUUGACUAUGCAUCUCCACUCUGCCACCUUCAGCUGUGUUUCACUUGUUUUUGCUUGUUGAACCUGGAGUCUGCCUUGAUUUACCCUCAGUGCUUUGAUUUUUGGAAAGCUUGUAUCUUUUAAGUUCACAUAUUCAGUUUUAAAUAGAAAAAUGAUCCUCGAGUAUUUAACUCGAGGCGAGGAAUUCUCUCUAAAUUUCACUGCCAUGUACAAUGCAGUUAAAUACAGUGAACUUGAACUGUGAAGAUUCACCGCGCUUGUUCGUAUCCCAUCUUGUCUCGUGUGUUCAGGGCAGACUUUACGUUCAACAAGUUUUGGAAAUUGGAUAAAAUUCGAAAGUAGUUUCUUUUUUUUUUUCCCUCUCUCAUGCAUCAAAGUGUAAUUUUGAUCACCCCGUGUGUGCGCCCUUCCCAUGGUAAAAACGUGGGGCGAUAGGAUGAAACAUUCAAAACUAUUUAUUUGUAGGUUACAAAAAGAAACAGUUAAUAAAGAUCAAAAACCUCUG